GCCGUGCGCCCGGCUGGCUGGCAGGCAGGCAGGAUGGGAAAGGGAGGGAGGAGAGCCGCGGAUGAGGGUUAAAGGUGCUGCCGGCAGGGAACUUGCAAGGAGGUCGCCUCUUGGGUGCUCCAGCAGCAGCAGCAGCAGCAGCGGCGGCGGCGGCAUCAUGGCGGAGCAGAGCGACUCGCCUGUGCAUGUCCAGCAGCCGUCACCGCCGCCACAACAGCCACAGCAGCAGCCGCCGCCGCAGCAACCCACGCCGGCUCCUGCCCCGGCUCCUGCCCCGGCCCCGGCCCCGGCUCCUGCACCCAUCGGCUGGCCCAUUUGCAGGGACGCCUACGAACUGCAGGAGGUGAUCGGUAGUGGUGCUACAGCUGUUGUCCAGGCAGCCCUAUGCAAACCCAGACAAGAACGCGUAGCAAUAAAAAGAAUCAAUUUAGAAAAAUGCCAGACCAGUAUGGAUGAAUUGCUGAAAGAAAUUCAAGCCAUGAGUCAGUGCAGCCACCCCAACGUAGUCACCUAUUAUACAUCUUUUGUGGUCAAGGAUGAGCUUUGGCUGGUCAUGAAGCUGCUAAGCGGAGGAUCAAUGUUGGAUAUAAUAAAGUACAUUGUCAACAGAGGAGAGCACAAGAGUGGCGUCCUUGAAGAAUCAAUAAUAGCAACAAUUCUUAAGGAGGUUUUGGAAGGUUUAGAUUAUCUACACAGGAACGGGCAAAUUCACAGGGAUUUAAAAGCUGGUAAUAUUCUUUUGGGUGAAGAUGGCUCAGUACAAAUAGCAGAUUUUGGUGUAAGUGCAUUUUUAGCCACAGGAGGGGAUGUCACCCGUAACAAAGUAAGGAAGACGUUUGUCGGUACACCGUGUUGGAUGGCGCCUGAAGUCAUGGAACAGGUGAGAGGCUAUGACUUCAAGGCUGAUAUUUGGAGCUUUGGAAUAACAGCCAUCGAGUUGGCCACGGGAGCCGCCCCUUACCACAAAUACCCUCCAAUGAAAGUGUUAAUGCUGACAUUGCAAAAUGAUCCUCCAACACUGGAAACUGGUGUGGAAGAUAAAGAAAUAAUGAAGAAGUACGGCAAGUCUUUUAGGAAACUAAUUUCAUUAUGUCUUCAAAAAGACCCUUCUAAAAGGCCUACAGCAGCAGAACUUUUAAAAUGCAAAUUCUUCCAGAAAGCCAAGACUAGAGAAUACUUGAUUGAGAAGCUUCUCACAAAGACCCCUGACAUAGCACAAAGAGCAAAAAAGGUUAGAAGAGUACCCGGAUCCAGUGGCCAUCUCCACAAGACAGAAGAUGGCGAUUGGGAGUGGAGUGAUGAUGAAAUGGAUGAAAAGAGUGAAGAAGGCAAAGCUGCUUUUUCCCAAGAAAAGUCACGAAGAGUAAAGGAGGAGAAUGCUGAGAUUUCUAUGAAUUCUGGAAACAUCCCUGAUCAAAUACAAAACCUGUCUCUACAAGGCUCUCAGGCUCGGACAGGUGUGUGCAAUGAAUAUAGUGAUGCUCCCGGUGUUGUGAAUCUUGUUUUAAGAUUAAGGAAUUCCAGAAAGGAACUUAAUGACAUACGAUUCGAGUUUACUCCAGGCAGAGAUACAGCAGAUGGCGUAUCUCAAGAGCUGUUCUCUGCAGGGCUGGUUGAUGGCCACGAUGUAGUUAUAGUUGCUGCUAAUUUACAAAAAAUAGUAGAUGACCCCAAGGCCUUGAAAACGUUAACCUUUAAGCUGGCUUCUGGCUGCGACAGUACUGAGAUCCCUGAUGAGAUAAAACUGAUUGGCUUUGCUCAGUUAAGUGUCAGCUGAUGCCAACCACCUGACCCCCAGCAAAAACGGCAAGAUUGCAAAGAGGCCAGCUUUCAUUUGCGAAGGAAAAAUCCGAGCACCACACUCCGACUUCUGCUUCAUUCUAUGGCAAUUCACCAAGUUGGAACAAGCGACAAGCCCACUGCUACACUGCUCCCGCUACCAUUCCAAAAGCUACUAAAUGUCUCUCUCUCUCUAGCAAUCAAGUUCGGAUUUCCCUGAAGUGAAAGCACGAAUUGGAAAUGCACUCAGGUGGCUGUAUCCAUUGGUUACAAAAGGAAUUUUCUAUUCAGAGCUUUUUUCUUCUUUAAUUAAAAAGGAAAAAAAAAUCAAUAACAACUAUUUUGAGGGAUAAUACUGACUCUCUUCUGUUGUAUGUAGAAAUGAACAUAAUUUACAAAUGCUAGGAUUUAUUUAGCCAAACUUGAAUUCUAAGGAAAAAAAACACCCAACUGUGAAUUUUAUUUUUCUGUCCUUAUAUUUAUGCAUUAUGCAACCUAGCUAUUAAGAAAUUGAUUUUUUUUUGUUUCAUUUAUUAUGUGCUACUUGCAGGCAACCUAUUUUUUAUUUUGCAAGAGAGUUUCAGGUUCAUCUUCGACACAUUCAUUGCUCUCUCCUAGUUUUCAAACUGAUGUAGGCAUUUAGUUUUGGUUUCAUUUUGGUUUGUGUGUCUCUUUUUUUUUAAAUCCAUCAUCUGGUUGUCGAGGGUGUGGGAGGUGCCUUGUGGAUAUUAACUGAUCUAAGACUGUGCCUGAAGCUUUGUGAAUCUGAGCUCAUCUCAAUUCUACACAUACCAUGUCAAGAUCUCUCGAGUACGAGGGUUUAUUGUAGCAGAGACUUGAGACAAAAUAUGGCCUGCAUUCUUCUCUGUUGGGGGGAAGUCUACAAACCGAAAACUUCUUAUAAACAGUUGCCAUUAAGCUAAAAAAGAAAAGAAAUGCCUUUACUUUGCCCAUCUCUGAUUUGGCUUCUCUCUAAAAGUUUAGGGAUUUUUGUGUUAUAACAAUAAAAACUUGAAGAGAAUCUACGCUUUACUUGAAAUUCUGCAGAACACCAUGGUAAAGUGCAAAUAAGAAGGGGCUUCGUGCAAUUACUUAAGGGUAAAAAGAAAAAAAAAGUGGUUACAGAUUACUUCUGACAGAAGUACUGAUUUGCUUAACCUGUGGCAUAGAUAUUUUGGAGCUAGUAAAUCGUUAGACCCGAUUCUCUCAUUUGAAGCAUAUUUUUUUCAGGGAGUGGAUUUCUUGGAUCUUGCCAUGUUAAGCCACUUCCGCGCUGAACUUAGACAAACGGCCGCUCUCUCUGACAUAUGGGAAUGGAAAGAGAAGGGCAGAUGUUAUUUAAGAGUUAUUUAUAAAUGCCGUGUCAUCAAUGUUUGGGGUGUUCUAGAGCCAUUUGCAUACAACUCAGUGUAAUUUCAUUCCAUUCUAUUGUUUACACAAUGAUUACUCAAAGACUGACUGCAGAGGUAAAAAGGAAAAUAAAGUGUAUUGCACAAAC